AUGUCAAGAAGAUUUCUUAAUUGAGGAGUAUGAGUUUAAAUAUGUGUAUUUCUGGAUCCAUAUCUAUGGGUUACCAUUGAGCAUGAUGAAUGAAAGUAAAGUCUUCAACAUUGCUAAAAAUAAAGGUAAUCCAAACCCUAUUAACUCUCAGCUAGCUGCAAAAUGGGGUAAGCAUGCUAAAGUAAGGGGUUCGAAUUAAUAUUACCAGACCUCUCCCAAAGGAUAUGGUAAUAACUUUGAAAACUAAGAAGCAGAUAAAGGUACAGUUCAGGUAUGAAAACUUCCGAGGUUAUGUUUUUAUUGUGGUUUCUUUGGUCAUCUACUGAAACAAUGUCCUCACCUCUCGAGUAAAUUAGAAGAAUAUAAAUCAUUAAGUGCGAAGGAGAUAACUUUGAAAAUGAAUGAUAAAACCAUGGCUAGAUAUGGGGAUGAAAUUCGUGCUUUUCACAAAUCAGGGGAACCAGGCAUAAUCAAAAAUGGUCAUUACUGCAUUAACAUGAAGAAACAAAGAGAUGAAAUUAAAGGGUCGUUGAUUGUUGAGAGUAGAUCACUGGAUGUGAAUGAUGGUACAAGUCAUCUUCAGAUAGAUUUGGCAGGACUGAGGGUAGCAGACAGUAACGGGCGCAACAUCAGAGUUUCAGGUGCUGAGAAGGGGGCAAAGGGUCGGCUGGAGACUGACAAAGCAAGUGUAUCAUACAAAAGUAGUGAGCAGAAUAACGAUCAAAGGGAGGAAUCUAGGAUGGGUAAGCAAGACAUGUGUAAACAAGUGAUGCAGCAACUGGAGGUUGUUAUGAAAGGGGACAAAAUUCUUCUGCAAAUUCAUUAAAUGGGGUACAAAACAAGAUUGACCCAGGGCAGAGUGGUGAACGAAAUGUGAUAGUGCAAAACAACGAAGGUGAAAUAACCAUUGCUAGUAAAUCACAGUCACCCUCGGUACCUUUGGUGUUGAAACAAAAUAACCAGGCCCAGGUCCAGGAGAAGGAAAUAUUAGAGAAUAAUGAUAAGCCAAUGGAUAGCUUUCUCAAAUCAAUUGGUGAUAAAAUCGAUUCUUCUUCAGUUCUAAAACCUACCUCCCAAAAUGAUGAUACUGAUACUGAAAAAGACAAUUCACCAUCUACAUCUAAUACUGUAACAAUCAAAACGAAGAAGCUGAAUAAGGGGUGGAAGAGAUCAGCGAGAAACGGUAAUCAAACGCCCUCUACCAAUAACAACAAUGGAGAAGUCUACAGUGGAUCGAAAAGAAGUGCCAGUCCAAUGGAUAUUGAUAUCCCUACUAAAAAGAUCAUACAAUCUCAAAUUGCUUAAAUGGGUGUGGUGGUUGUCCAGAAUCAGCCACAAAAUCGAUGUUAAUGUUCUCAUGGAACUGUUGAGGAUUGAGAAACAUCUCGACAGUCCGUAAUCUCAAGGCGUUUCUCGGGGUCUGCAAUCCCAAUAUUGCAUUUAUGUCAGAGACUCUUAUCAAUGAGGUAACUGCUUAUAAUUUCUAUACUUCUUUGGGUUUUGAUAAUUUCAAGUAUACUCCUGUUGUUGGUAAAAGUGGUGGUAGUGUAGUUCUAUGGAAUAGUAAUAUUGAUUUAGAGGUGAUCAGUGCGGAUAAAAAUGUGAUACACUGUCGCAUUCAUCAAUUAGUUUUCCAAGACUGGGAUUUACUGUGUGUGUAUGGUCCUCCCAAUCAUAAUCAAAGAAACAAGUUUUGGGAUAAUUUUUCUCAGUAUUGUGCUCAUCUAAUAAAUUUGUGGUGUAUUAUGGGUGAUCUUAAUGCCAUUAAAGAUAUAAGGGAGAAGUCUGGUGGUAAUAUGAAGAGGAAUCCUGCUAAUACAGAGUUCAAGAACUUUGUCCAAGAUAGAGUCUUAAUAGAUAUGGGAUUUGAUGGCCCCGCUUUUACCUGGACUAAUGGUGCUAUUAAUGAGAAGCCUAUUUUUGAGAGAUUAGAUAGAGCUAUGUGCACCCCAGGGUGGUUCUUCAUUUUUCAGAAUAAUGGUGUUCUUCAUCUUGCUAGGAUAAGUAAUGAUCAUGCUCCUAUUUUAAUCAAUACCAACAGGACCAGUAAGAGGAGGCAGAAACACUCUAAUAAAUUCGAAUCCUUCUGGGUUGAUCAUCCGGCUUUUCAUGAUGUUGUUCACAAUUCUUGGAAUUCUAGUCAAAACAACACCAUAUUCAAAAUCAGUUGUUUGGUGGAAGACUUAAAUAAAUGGAGUAAAGAGGUUUUUGGUAACAUAUUUAGAGCUGUUGAGGAUACUAAGGAGAAGUUGCUGCAGGUUCAAAAAGAAGCUCACAUCAGAGAUACUAGAACCCAAAAGAAUGAAUUAUGUUCGAAGAUUGAGAACCUGAACUCUAUGCAACAAAAAUAUUAUGAGAAGAGAAGUAAAGUAAAGUGGAUUCCGAACACCGACAAGAAUAUUAGAGCUUUCCAUUUAUCUAUAAUCCACAGAAAGAAGAAGAAUCAAAUAUCUGUCAUUAAAUUGGCUGAUGGGAAUUGGAGCACUGAACCAAAUGAGAUAGUUAACUCUUUAGUGAAACAUUUAUCUGAACUGUUCAAAAGAGAUCCUGAUGGAGAGAAGUAUCUAUUAUGGUUGAAGCUCAUUCUCAUAUUGAUAAGGAAAGUAAUGAUAAAAUAUACAUGGUUCCUACUUAGGAGGAAAUUUGGUUGAUAAUCAAGAGAAUGAAGAGUCUUAAAUAUCCAGGCCCAGAUGGAAUGUCACCCUUAUUCUUUAAAAAAUGUUGGAAGCUCAUUGGUGAGGAUGUCUCGAAAACUAUCAAAGACUGUUUUAUUUCUGCUGCCAUUCCUCCGGGGCUCAAUCACACCAACAUUGUGCUGAUACCCAAGGGAAUUACGUCAAGGGUGUCCACUAUCCCCAUAUCUAUUUAUUCUUUGCUCGCAAGGUUUAUCUUGGAUCAUGAGAACCAUGGAGACCAAUGCUUUAUACAAUGGAUAUAGGAUUUGCAAGUAUGCCCCGGCAGUUUCCCACCUUAUGUUCAUUGAUGAUAUUUUUCUGUUUGGUACCUUGGAUAACCAAACUGUGAGUACCCUAAUGGACGUUCUUAACAUCUACGUUGCUUGGUCUGGUCAAUGCGCAAACAUGAAUAAGUCUGCGGUGUUAUUUAGUAAAGGUGUUGAUGAUAAUAGAAAAUCUGAAGUAGCUGCCUUUCUGGGAGUUCAACAGAUGGAUAACUGUGAUAAGUAUUUGAGGGACCAUCUUUUGAAACCUGCUCACCAGAGUGUUUCCUUUGAUUUCGUUACCAAUAAGUUUGAUGGGAGUUUGGCGGGUUGGAAAGGUAUAUUUCUAUCUCAUGCUGGGAGAAUUGUGUUAAUCAUGACAGUCCUGGGGCUCAUCCCUCCGUUCUUCAUGGCCACAUACAUUAUUCCGAAUAAGAUUCUAAAAACUCUCACUAAAACUAUGAGGAAUUUUUGGUGAGGUCAUAGCAGGCAGGAAAGGAAAAUGCAUUUUAUUAAAUGGGAGCAAAUGGAAUUGGCUAAGGAGCAAGGGGUCUAGGCAUAAUAUAUCUUCAGAGCUUAAACAAGGCUAUGAUAGCAAAAUUAAUUUGGAAAUUAUUUGAAGACGCUGACUGUCUUUGGGUGCAGUUAAUGGAGACCAAAUACUUCAAAGGAAACAGUUUCUGGGAACUUAAAAAACCUUCAAUUUGUUCAUCUACUUGGAAUGCAAUGCUUAGUUGCAGAGAAUCUAUGAAAGAUGGUAGCUGCUGGAAUGUUGUCGAUGGUGAAAAAAUUAAUAUAUGGCAUGACCCUUGGAUACCUAAAUUGCAGAAUAAAGUCCCUGAAUGUAUAACUGAAGACCAUGGUGAUAUCAAGAAGGUAAAAGACUUAAUGAUUGUAGGUGAGAACAGAUGGGACGAAGUAAAGCUGCAACAGCUCUUCAAUCAAUCUGAUGCUCAUAAGAUAAUGGAUAUCUAUUUAUCAAAUGAUACGGAGGACAGAAGCUCUGACAAAAUGCUAUGGAUUCACCACCCAACGGAGUCUUUUCAACCAAAUCUUUCCUCAAUACCAUUGCAGAUAGUCAUCCCAAUACUUCGCAAAAUGCUGAAUUCCCAUGGAAGAAAUUCUGGAGGGUGAGAAACUUUCAACCCCAAAAUCCACUUAUUUCUCUGGAGAUUAAUCAACAAUGGGCUGGCAGUAGCUGGUAACGUUGGGAAACACAUUAGGGGGUAAAUAUGGACUGCAGGUUUUGUAAUGCUGAAGCUGAAACGAUAAAUCAUCUUUUUUUGAAUUGUCAAGCCACUCAUGCAAUUCUCUUUGCUUCCCCCAUGAACCUCAUAAUCAACGCUGCUGAGGGGAAGACUAUUAGAGAUUUCAUCAUCAGAUGGCUUAAUGAAGGAGACAACCACUCCAAGCUGAAGAUGGGUGCUUGUAUGUUCUGGGCUAUUUGGAAGUCAAGAAAUAACAUCACCUUCAACAAGGACACUUUCAACAUCCAGAAUAUAAUUACGGAUGCCUUAUAUUGGUUUAAUAUGGAGGGCAGUACUUAUGAGAUUAAUGAUUGUCUUAAAAAAGUAAUUUGCUGGAAGCUCAGACUGAUCAUUGACUACCUCCGCCUGCUAAUGUUAUUAAAGUUAACUUUGACAGAGCUGCGAGGCCUAAUGGUUAUGCUUGUAGUGCAGUUGCUAGAGAUUAUAAGGUGGUUUUCCAGGACUGUCAGAAUAAGAUGUUAGACUAUUUAUCUGCAGUGGAGGCGGAGACCCAUGGUGCGUUACUUGCAGUGGAUCUUGCCUUGAGUAGGGGCUUCAGAAACAUCAUUCUAGAGGGCGACUCACUGAUCAUAAUCAAUUCCCUCGGGUUUGAGCAUUACCAGUACCCCUGUAUAAUAAGAAUUUGCAUCAGUAGAUUGAAGGGUAUGUUAAAUCUUUUUCACUCUGUGUGAUUCAAUUAUGCCAGAAAGGAGGCCAACUCUACGGCUCACCUAUUAGCAGCUCAUGCUGUGUCAAACCACUCGUCUGAGAUGAGGUUAUCUUCCCCUCCUUCUUGUAUUGCUCAGCACUUCGAUUGCGUGAGCUUUUCUUCCACUUAGUUUUUCUCUCUUUUUUUCUUUUUCUUUCUCUUGUUCCUUUUUUCCUUGAAAAUGAUAAACAGAUAA